CUGAAAUUGAAAUUAGCCCGUAACGAAGUAACUGAACAUUGAAGUGGGAGCGUCAACCUAUGCGUUACCGGGAUGUCUUCACUGUCGUUUGUACCUCACACUGUUUCUUCAGUUUCUGGACACAAAAGGAAGCACGAAAAAACCCAUAAAAAAUCCUCAAAAAGGAUCAAGCGUAGUGAAGGGUCAGAUGAAGAGCAAGUGUAUACUGGGAAUGGAGCCGUUUACAAUGAUCAGAAUGAAGACACCAGAAGUCGAUCAUGCCCAUACCUGGAUACUAUUAGGAGGAACAUGCUGGAUUUUGACUUUGAGAAGCUGUGUUCCGUUUCUUUAUCUCAUCUGAAUGUCUACGCCUGUCUAAUCUGUGGAAAGUACUUUCAGGGUCGUGGAAAUUCUACUCAUGCAUAUACCCACAGUGUUAGUGAAAGCCACCACGUCUUCCUGAAUUUGGAAACUCGACGGUUUUAUUGCUUGCCCGAUGAUUAUGAAAUUUUAGAUGGGUCAUUGGAAGACAUUACCUACCUACUAAAUCCUACUUUCAGUACUCCAGAAAUACUUGCUUUGGAUAGUUAUUCGAAAAUGGUCAGAGCAUACAAUGGUCUUACAUAUUAUCCUGGUGUUGUGGGUCUCAAUAAUAUCAAGGCUAAUGAUUAUUGCAACGUCAUAUUACAAAUGCUCAGUCAUAUCAGUCCAUUGCGAAAUUAUUUCUUAGAUAUCAAAAACUUUGAGAACCUACCUUCUGUCUCUGGAGAUCAAAUGAUGCUUUUGGUCCAAAGAUUUAGUGAACUUAUUCGAAAAUUGUGGAAUCCUCGAAACUUCAAAACCCACGUUUCACCUCAUGAAUUCUUACAGGCAGUUGUGCUGUGCAGUAAAAAGCGUUUCCAAAUCACUGAACAAGGCGAUGCCAUUGAAUUCCUUUCAUGGUUGGUUAAUGCAAUAGAUAAAGCUUUAAGGAUUAAAAAAAUUCCGUGUCCCAUAGGCGCAGUUAAUAAAACCUAUAAAAGCAUUGUUUCAUCAACUUUACGAGGAAAGAUGAGAAUGUACAGUCGGAAAAUCAUGCCUGUAAAUAUGACGGAUGAAGAAAAGGCUUCUCUGGCAGACAGCCCUGAAUACAUGACUUCAAUAUCAGACAUAAAUUUCUUCUAUCUUACGUGUGACUUACCCCCACCUCCACUAUAUCUAGAUGAAUUUAAGGAAAACAUCAUUCCACAAGUUUCAUUAGCUACACUACUUUCGAAAUUUAACGGAGUUACAGAAAAGGAAUACAAGACUCAUCGUGAUUCUACGUUGCGUCGAUUUGAGCUUCGGCGACUACCUCCUUACUUAAUUCUUUACAUGAAGAGGUUUGUUAAAAACAUCUUUACAUUGGAGAAGAAUCCAACGAUAGUUAACUUCCCCAUUAGAAGUAUUGAUUUCGGUGAAUUGUUGGCCCCAGAAUUUCGAGCUAAACAUCGGCAUACUACUUACGACUUGAUAGCCAAUAUUGUGCAUGAUGGUCCCCCAACUCCUGGCUCCGGUACGCAUCGUAUCCACUUAGUACAUCGUGGUACUGGAAAAUGGUUCGAGCUACAAGACUUGCAUGUUAGCGAAGUCUUGCCACAGAUGAUACCGCUUAGUGAAACUCUUAUUCAGGUUUGGGCUGUGAAUAAGUCUAUACCUAAUCCAAGCUUUGUAGAGCCUGUAAAAGUAAUAGAUGAGGAGAUUGGUGAAGAAACUAAGCCAGAGGUUAAAACUGAUGAAAACGAGGAGUGUGAAGAAAUUAAGAAGGAAGAUACUAUAGAUACGGGCAAUAAUAAACCACAAAACUGAUUCCUGUCACUUUUUAUCGACUUUACCAAUAAUAUAAAUUACUGAU